AUGGGUGUCCAAGAAAUCCGCGAUGUUGUGUCAUCCCUGUUCAUCAUGCUAAACAAAGAGACAUACAUCCUGUUUCGGAUUGAGUUUCUUGUGGUCCUGGUCACAGUCAUGUUCCUUGUCAUGUUCAUCGUGGACAUCUUUCGUCGCCACAUCCGCAACACAGCAGUGACAGUCAUCUUCAACAUCUUGGGUACGGUCUCUGACUCUAUUGUCUUCUACCUGCUGGGGGCCAUGACAAAAGCAAGCUUCACAAAUCAGUUGUUCCCUGUCUGGGCCCUCGUGCUUGUUAGUAUCCGUUACAACAUUGACUUCAUCUCUGGCUAUGGUGUUUAUGACCGCCAUGGGCGACGGUUCAGGGAGUGGAGUAACGUGGUGAAACUUCUGGGAACAGCCUUCUUGAUGAUCGGAGGCUCAAGGUUCACACUUCCACUUUGGUCGCUUUUGGCUCUGCUGAUGCUGAGGAGCUGGUACAGAUUGAAAGCAUAUAGUUUGGCGCUCCGUUCUGUCUGGCAUGGCAAGAGUUCAGAGGUGGUCACAGAGUACAUGCGUGCAGGCCCUCAUAGUAGCAACUGGAAACCAAAUGAGUGCAGUCCAGAGAAUGAUCUGGAAGGAUACAAAUACUUGGUACAUGGAGAAACCCGUCGGAGAAUAAAAUUCAAGAAGCCUCGCUAUGUCUUGGACAUCGAUACUGCAGCUGGGCGUGAUUUUUCGUCAGUGAUCACCCUAGACAUGAUUUGGGGAUGUCGUAGGCACCAGUUACUCCCAGAAAACAAUAAGGGAAAUGAUCCAAAGGAUCUCUCUUUGGCCUUCGCCUUGUCCAGACUGCUCCGGUGCAGGCUCGAGGAUGUAACACUGCAACAAGAAAUCUUCUGCAUUAACCGAAAGCUAGUGAAGACUAAGAUUCUUGACGACCAGAAUGCUGAUCGUGCCUUCAAAAUCAUGGAGUUGCAACUAUCCUUCAUAAAUGAGUACUUCAACAGCCGUUACCCUAUGGUCUUUUGGGAAGGGUUCAAUUCUCUCUUCUCAAAUCUGCUUCUCUCUGUGGUGAAUUUGGCUCUUGUCUGCUGGCUUGUUGUGGACAUCUGCAAAAACUAUAACAAUGAUCCCCCGCAAAAUCACCAGUACAAUCCCCCGAAGAAUCACAGGGCUAAUGUGGUGCAUGGGUUCAACGUCGACAUGUUCAUCACAUUUGUAUUCAUUUUCUUUAUGGUGUUCAAAGAGAUCUGGGAGAUGGUCAGCUAUAUAAUCUCAGACUGGACAAGGUUACUCCUUGUGUGCAGCUAUGCACGGCUUAAGGAAGAGCCCACUAGAAAUAGAUGUAUGGAGAGAACAAUGUCAUCCCUUUUCAGAUCUAGGGUAACUACUAAGCAGUGGCAUGGACUUAUUGACCAGUAUGUCUUCUUAGAGUCAUAUGAUGAUAGACCAAGAUUUUGGAAUCUGCUUCACAAGAUAACCACAGGAAUGGCACCAAAGAAGGAUGAUGGAGCAACACUCCGUGAUGCCAUCGAUGUGCCGGAAUGUGUCAGGCCUACAAUACUGAAGAAGCUCUGUGCAAGCCUAGAGAAGCCCAACUCUCCUGACACCGUACAUUAUCAGCCAGACAGUCCUAACAUAAAUCAUGAGGAGCCCAUCAUUUGGGGUAGUCGUUUUCUACCCAAGGUCAUCACAUCACUGCCCGAAGCUGUUGGAAACCGAAGGGAGAAGUAUGAUUGGGCCUGCUAUGGCCUGCCCACGUGCUCUCAUGUAAUUCUGGUGUGGCACAUUGCAACAAGCCUCUGUGAGAUGAAGCUUGCUCGGGCACAUGGCGUCGAUUUAAGCAAACAUGGGUUCCUGGUAUCCCUCUUGUCGUACAUGACAAGUUUCUGCUCAUCAAAACCAUAUCUUGUGGACGUGGACGAGAAGACGAAAGAAAAGAAGAAAGUGAAUGAGAAGUUGCCCGAUAAGAUCCAGGAAAUGUAUAUCACUGCCAAUAGCUUGUCUCGGUACUGUGCAUAUCUGUUAGUUUCAAAGCCCGACCUGAUCCCUGAUAGCUUCUAUGUUCCCAAAAUGGUCUUCCAAGAAACUGUAACACAAGCUCGUGAUGGUAUUCUUAAGGACUGUGACUCAUUACAGAAUAGGUAUGAAAAACUGUUGCAAGUAGGAGUCGAGGCCAUCCAAGAUGCUAACAACAUCAUGAAGGAUGAUGUCGUACGACAAGGUGCAAAGCUGGGAAAGUUACUGAUUGAUCAAGAGAGUGAAGAAGGCUGCUGGGAGAUCCUGUCUGGGGUAUGGGCAGAGUUACUAGUGCACAUUGCCCCCACUUGGAACGCAGAGGCGCACAAGGAGUGCCUCGAGUCAGGCAGGGAAUUCAUAACCUAUAUCUGGGCAUUGCUAUGGCAUUGUGGAAUCGAGAAGAGCAAAUUAUGGCCUGAGGAAGAUUUGCAUGAAAAUGGUGCCCCUGGAACACCACCUCAGGAUAGCAGUGUUCAAACUAAUAGCACUCAGCAUGCACAACAGACUUGUGCAGCAGGACCAAAGAAAGAAAGAGAGGAAGCUGUCAUACAGAGAUCAGAGAUGCAGCAAGUUGAUGCAGAGGAGAGGAAUGGGUGGACCGAAACGCCAAGCGCAGAUACGGCUGAUCAUCAGAAUGGGCAAGGUGGCAGUAUGGGGGUUAGAGGGAUGCGGAAUGGCGGGAACACAUGUUACUUCAAUGCAGUGCUGCAGAGUCUCCUUGCACUUGAUAAGCUGCGUGCAAGGAUGUUAGGAUCGGAUGCUCUAAAAGGGAACCUGGGCCAGGAACUGCAGAAGCUUUUCAUAAUGACAACAAAUACCAAUGACGCAAACGGUAUGUUGAAGCCAGAGAAGCUCUUCUUACAUAUGUGCUUAAGGAAUUCAGAUUUCAAAUCUGGCGUGAUGGAAGACAGCAAUAACAUGCUUGGUUCCUUGCUAGAUGGUUUGAACAAUGAGGAACCUACAAUGGUUGAGUCACUUUUCCGUGGCCAGAUUGUUAAACUUGUCUCCAGCAAAGAGUGUGAUCACACAUCAGUUACCACGGAGAAUCUUGAUCUCAGUCUGGCAAUACCAUCAAAAAAGACUACAUCACUCGAGGACUGCUUGGAUUUAUAUGCCACUGGGGUGAUCGAGGAUUGGCACUGUAUCGGCUGUUCAGCUGCUGGUGCUGGUGGUCGUGAUGGUGGAAAUGGCUCUUUGAAACAAGAUGAUACAACAACCAGUGAUGGCCAACCUGAACAGUCGGAGAAUAAACCAUACGGGAAGGAGGAAUCUAGCCAUAUAGCUGACAGAGAAGCAAGAAUAACAAAUCAGAACAAUGGAAAGCUACCUGUGUUUAAUGGCAAUGCAAAUCAAAUAGAACAAAGUCAUAGAAAACACAAGGACGAAGAGAAGAUAUGCAGAGUUGCAAUAGUACAAUAUCGCAUUAGCAAGGCGGCACCUUUAUUAACCAUUCAACUCAAGAGAUUCGACUAUUCACACCCUGAUAGGCCAGACAAGCUUGAAGAACAUGUGCGCUUUCAGGAUACACUAGAUAUAACAAAGUUCAUGGACCCUGGGCAUCAGGCGGACGACGGGUACAAAUACCGUCUAGUUGCUGUCAUUGUACACAGUGGACCAACCCUGCAUGAAGGACACAAUUUUGCUUAUGUGAGAGCAAGCCAGAUUGCAUGCCAGCAGCAGGAGAGCCGUGGCACUCCCACAUGGUUCCGUGCAAGCGAUGAGAGCAUCACAGAAGUAUCAUUGGAAGAGGUGCUGGAGUGUCAGGCAUACAUUCUUUUCUACGAAAGAGUUGAACAGGCAAAGGACAUGUCAGUUCUAGAAGAGCAUCUGCCGACCGACCACUGA